CAAAGAGGGAGGGACCAUUUCUCUGUAUUGAAGGCACCUCCUGGACCAGCUGCUCUGCAGAUUUGCCACCUGGCUGUGUUUGUUUGCUCUCCCAAACGCCCUGCGCCCCUAAAAGCGGGUACACUCAGAAGUGAAUGCACCCAGCUUGCAAAGGACAGGCCUUGCCUUGCAAAUGCACAAGAGAGGGUCCUGGCUUUGUUUGUUUCCAUUUGGGGAGAGACGCUGGAGGCCUCGCCUGGGUUUCUGGAAACAACUGAGAAACAUGGCCAUUGGAGUCUCAACCAAUAUUAAUUUGCCUGGAUGCCUGAAGAUAAACCACAUCAUAGAAAAAGUGCUGUGGCAAUACACCAUUGUUUUGCCAUGAUGAAAAAGUAGUUCUUUCUGUGAUCAAAUUUUCAGUAAAACCAAGAAAUCAUGAAAGGAAGGAGCUGAAUUGGGUUCAUCCCCAAUAAGAAAAAAUGACUACUGAGAAGAAAACAGAAUUCUCGACUCCUGGACUUUUCAGAGUCAUUGUAGAGCCAGAGAGAAGGUCUCAAAUAAAAAUGGAGGUUCAGGAACUGGAAUCAGAAAGAGAUUUGCAGAGAAUUGGGGAAGGCACUCUGGCUGUCCCUGUAGAAAUGGCUCCUCAAAGAGUAACAGCAGCCCCAAAGCAAUGCAUAAAGUGGAAAUUAAUCCAAGGUGCAUCAUCCCAGCAGUUGGAGACGCAGUGGCCAGACUUUCUGCACACACCACAUUCCCCAAUGUCUGAACAUAGCAGCCUGCAUCAGCCAGAAAAUCAUCUGAGGGAAGAUGGAAAUAACUCCUUGCCAGAGUUGGAAGGAGUAGUAGCCACACGCCACUGGGCUACUGCCAAAAUAACUAGACUUGGCAAAACAAUGGGGGAAACCCAAAGACUAAACUUUAUGAGUGGAAGAGAGGGCAAUGAAUCACCAAGAGAAAACGGUGGCGGCGGCGGUGGUGAUGAUCUUCUGAGUUCGGAAAGUCAGCGCCAACAUUUCCGGCAGUUUGACUACAAAGAUGCUGAGGGGCCAUGGGAAGCCUACUGCCAGCUCCGGAGAUUUUGCCACCAGUGGCUGAAGCCAGAGGCACACACGAAAGAGGAGAUACUGGAGCUGGUGAUCCUGGAACAGUUCCUCUCCAUCUUGCCCCGGGAAAUGCUGAGCUGGAUAAGGGAGCGGGAUUCAGAGAGCUGUUUCCACGCCGUGGCCCUCGCCGAGCAUUUUCUCCUACAGCAGCAUCAGGCUGAGAAGCAAGAUCAGCAAGAUGAACAGCAGCAGCAGGUGCCAAGUAUGAUAAAAGAGGAAGAUUUGGGUUAUUCAGGGGAAGAGAAUGGUUCUCUAGAUGUGAACCUCCAGCAGCUCUACAAGGAAGUUAAGCAGGAGGAGGAAGAUGGCAGCGUGAUAGCAGGGGAUGAAAGUGAGAAUGAAAAGGAGGAGAUGUUGCCAAAAAGAGAGAAUUCUCAAGAUUUGGAAGAAACAGUUUCAAAUCAAGCCAAUCCCAGCAGUCCACAGGGGCAGGAAAUGGAAAUGCUUAAGAGUGAAUCCACUACCCCUGAGCUGGAGGCCCUCUCCGAUGUCACGACCCAGCAAACGAUAUCCAAAGGAAAGAGACCAAGUGACCGGCUGUUCCACAGUCUCAAUAAAAUCCAGAGGAGCCAGACUGGAGAGGAACUCUAUGAGUGCUCCGACUGUGGAAAGGCAUUUAUCUCUAGAGCCGGCUUUAUCAUGCACAUACGAAUUCAUGGCCGAGAGAAACCGUACGAAUGCUUGGACUGCGGGAAACACUUCCGGCGGAGCUCGCACCUCAACAGCCAUAGCAGGAUCCAUGCCGGAGUGAAGCCGUUUAAAUGCACAGACUGUGGGAAGGGGUUCAGCCGCAGCUCCAACCUUAUUUCGCACCAGAGAAUGCAUACGGGGGAGAAACCAUACACUUGCUCCUCUUGCCGCAAACAGUUCUGCGACAAAUCGAGUCUGGUUCGGCAUGAGCGGCUUCACACAGGGGAUAGACCAUAUAAGUGCACUGAAUGUGGGAAAAGCUUCAGCCAAAGCCACCACCUCAUCACCCACCAGAGAAGCCACACGGGGGAGAAGCCCUAUAAGUGUUUGCUCUGUGAUAAAAGCUUUUGCGACCGGUCGACUUAUAUCAGACACCAGAAAAACCAUACGGGGGAAAAGACCUUUAAGUGCAUGGACUGUGGUGAAUGCUUCAGCCGGAACAAACACCUCGUUCGGCAUCGGAGUAUCCACACGGCGAGGGAACUGUACACAUGCCCAGACUGCGGCGAGAGCUUCUGCCGUCGGUCGGGCCUUAAGAUGCACCAGAAGAUUCACACGGGGGAAAAGCCAUUUGAGUGUACAGAUUGCGGGAAGAAGUUCAACCGCAGCACGAACCUUAUUAGCCAUCAGAGGAUCCACACUGGAGAGAGACCCUAUGGCUGCCCCGAAUGUGGGAAGAGGUUCAACCGGAGGACCCACCUUGUUAGCCACCAGAAAAUCCAUGGGCCAAGGAAAGGGUCAACAGAAAUGCUCAAAGUUGGAGAAGGGCUUCCACCUCCAGAACUCAAGGGUGGAUAUGUCCCCUCAUCUUACAUCAUCACGACAAUUGUUUGAAGUAGGUUGGUUAGGUUGGGAGAGGGAGACCAAGUGGACCAAAGUCACUUCAUAGUUCACAUGGGAUUGAAUUUGGAUCUGAUUCCAGCACUUGAGUCCAGGUAGGAGAGAGGAUGGCUUUCCGGGUGCCUUUCAAUUACAAUCCCCAUCAUUCCUGAGUUUCAAGGUGGCAGCUGGCAACUAAUGGGAGCCAGGAUAUCACACCUAGGCAGGCAGCAUCUCACCAGUUGUUGCUGUUGUACCACCUUGUCUCUUAGCAAGAAAACCUUACCUGCUCAUGUUUCCAAGAAUACUUAAUUAAGAGAAAUGGCUUCAUGCAGUCAUUCUAUAUUUGGGAAAGACCUCCAGGAUUAUUCAUUCAAACCCCAUGCCACAACCAGCACUGAAGUAUAUUACCUAUAUACUCGAGUAUAAGCCGACCCGAAUAUAAGCCGGCCAAAACCCUCACUCGAGUAUAAGCCGAGCCCUAAAAAAAGGUCUGAAAAACUCAGCUUAUACUCGGGUAUAUAUGAUAUGUCCCAUACCCCAAAUAUAUAGCCCUCUCAACAUAGGUAUUUCUGUAGAUAUUUCUACAGAAUAGUUGACAAAGUUUUGAGAAACUUUAGAAACAGUGCGAAUACGUUUAUAGAUUCCUGGGCUGGGCUGGAUGUGGUUGUGAAAACUGUUCUUAUAAAAUGCUCUUGCCUGCGUGGUCUCUUUUUUUUUUUACUAUGAAUUGUAAUAAUUGGUAUGUGGUAUGUGACUGUUUUCUACUUUUGUACAAAGCUGAUUUUGUAUUCCAUUCCUUCUCCUAAACUCCAAAAAUCCACACUCUGGUCCACACUCAAUUUUGGGGUGAACCUAAUCUAUGUGGGUUGGGUUCUCAUUCAGACUGUGAGUUUAUAACGUUCCCCAUUUUGCUGGAUCAUAACUAUAAGACCAAGAGCCAGUGUGGGAUUAUAGGACCUGUGGUCCCCCCAAAAGAGAAGUUUUCAAAACUCCUUGUACAUAAACGGCUUGGACAAAAUUAGCAAGACUUUCUCACCUUCCUCAGUUAGAUGUUCACCAAUUAUACUCUGACAUGAAGGACCACCGAUGAUGGUGAUGAGAUGUUAACAUGAAUGUGAAUACCCAAAUAGAGUUAUUGUCUGCCCCAUAAGCAAAGGGAAAAUGCACUGAAUUCUCUACACACAGGGCUCCAUUGAAUGGUUGGUUGGACCCAUCCCUAGCACUUCUGUAGCUGAAAAUGAACUAGAAAUUACAUGAAAAGCCCUCUUCUGACUUGACCCAGGAGAGAGGUGUUGGCCAUAACAGAGAUGGUAGGAGGGGAAAUCCCAAAAAGAGAUGGAGGCAGCUUCCCUUCUUUUUGAAUGAAGAAGAUAUGCUUGAAAGGAAGACUUUGGAAGUGGUCUUCAUACAGGCUGGAUAUAAAAGGCAAUGCUGCUUCUGAAGACUGGAUGCACAAGGAGCACCGUUGUUGUGAACCAGAACUGAGACCUGCUUGCUGUCCAGCAAGUGCAGUGAAAUUGUCAUUUGGAGUAUUUGUUUGUGUACCAUUUCAGUCAGUUGGAUUUUUCUGCUGUUUGUACUGGUUCUUUUCUUAUCCCCCCAUAUAUUACGGCCCUUAUAUCUCUGCAGGAUUUGUUCUUUGACAUGAAAAUGCAGAUGAUACAAAACCUUGCUGUUUUCAGUGGGAAGAACAAUGGAGGCGCCAAGAAGAGGAUGUGGCUUGUAUAGGAGGUCCUAAGUGGAUAACUAAAUUGGUGAACCUGCAUAUAUCAGUUCUGCAGGUGCAGGGAUCUUAUUGUAUAGCCCCACCAUAAUGUUUUCAUCACACCCUUCUUUUGUAUUUUCUAUCUGUAUUUUAUCCAUCCUUUUUUUAAAAAAAGUAUUAAUUCUGCCCAUUAUGGCCGUGAUACAUUACAAAAAUGUAGAAUUGAAGAUUGAUAAAUUAGACAUAUAGAUGUGAUUGUAUAAUUGGUAUUAAAUGGUUGCUUCUUUUGAUAAAGGAGUAGGUUUUAUCAUUGCUCUGCUUUUUCUGAGUGUGUUUUGGUGUUCUUUGUAUACGGAUACAAGAUUCCACAAAAUCAAGUGGAAUCUGUUUUCCUGCCAUUUUAAUCCAUUGCAUUGGAUGGUAUUAAAAGGAACUUAUCAAGUCUGAAAAGCAUGUGGCACUUCAAUUGUUGCUAUACUGCAACUCCCAGCACAAUAUGCCGUAGUUGGCAGGAUGUGUGUCUGUGUGAUUCCGACCUAGCCUACUUUUUUGUUGUGAAUUUAAAAACAAAAACAGAAAAUUAGAUUAAAACACUCAGAAUGUC